CGAACUGGCGGGACCCGCCCCCACGCACGGCGCGUGCGCGGCGCCGCCGUACCCCUCCCGCGCAGCUCGGGCUCCCGCCUCCACGCAGGACACUGGGUUCCCUCGGAGCCGCCCCAGGCUUAAUGAUUGUCCAGAAGGCGGCUAUAAAGGGAGCCUGGGUGGCUGGGCGGAGGAGGCAGCGGAAGAAACCUAACUCAGCAGAUCUGGGCACCACGCAAGCAAGCAAGCCGCGGCUGUAGUCGGACAUUUGGUGUCUUGGCCGGCAGGGCCUGUUCUUGUGUACCAUGGCGGCCCAGGGCUAUGGCUAUUACCGCACAGUAAUCUUCUUGGCCAUGUUUGGUGGCUACAGCCUGUACUACUUCAACCGCAAGACCUUCUCUUUUGUCAUGCCCUCGCUGGUAGAAGAGAUCCCUCUGGACAAGGAUGACCUGGGGCUCAUCACCAGCAGCCAGUCGGCGGCCUAUGCCAUCAGCAAGUUUGUGAGUGGGGUGCUGUCAGACCAGAUGAGUGCCCGCUGGCUCUUCUCCUCUGGGCUGCUCCUGGUUGGCCUGGUCAACAUUGUGUUUUCCUGGAGCUCCACGGUCCCCAUCUUUGCUGCUCUCUGGUUCCUUAAUGGCCUGGCCCAGGGGCUGGGCUGGCCACCCUGUGGGAAGAUCCUGCGGAAGUGGUUUGAGCCAUCUCAAUUUGGCACGUGGUGGGCCGUCCUGUCAACCAGCAUGAACCUGGCUGGAGGGCUGGGCCCUAUCCUGGCCACUGUACUGGCCCAGAGCUACAGCUGGCGCAGCACAUUGGCCUUGUCUGGGGCCUUGUGUGUGGCCGUCUCCUUCCUCUGUCUCCUGCUCAUCCACAACGAACCUGCCGAUGUUGGACUCCGCAACCUGGACCCCACCCCCUCCAAGGGCAAGAAGGGCUCCUCGAAGGACGAGAGCACCCUCCAAGAGCUGCUGCUGUCCCCCUACCUGUGGGUGCUCUCCACAGGUUACCUGGUUGUAUUUGGAGUGAAGACCUGCUGUACCGACUGGGGCCAGUUCUUCCUUAUCCAGGAGAAAGGGCAGUCUGCCCUCGUGGGUAGCUCCUACAUGAGUGCCCUGGAGGUCGGAGGCCUCGUAGGCAGCAUUGCAGCUGGCUACUUGUCAGACCGGGCAAUGGCUAAGGCAGGGCUGUCUGUGUACGGGAACCCUCGCCAUGGCCUGCUGCUGUUCAUGAUGGCUGGCAUGACACUAUCCAUGUACCUCUUCCGGGUUACAGUGACCAGCGACUCCCCGAAGGAUGUUGCUUUCUGGACUCCAGCUCUUCACCCUCUCGCUGAGCUCACAGGCUUUACGGAACACGAGCUCUGGAUCUUGGUGUUGGGAGCUGUGUUUGGUUUCUCCUCUUACGGUCCCAUUGCCUUGUUUGGAGUCAUCGCCAAUGAGAGCGCCCCUCCCAACUUAUGUGGCACCUCCCAUGCUAUCGUGGGACUGAUGGCCAACGUGGGUGGCUUUCUGGCUGGGCUUCCCUUCAGCACCAUUGCCAAGCACUACAGCUGGGGCACGGCCUUCUGGGUGGCUGAGCUGGUUUGCGCAGCAAGCACCGCUGCCUUCUUCCUGCUACGAAACAUCCGCACCAAGAUGGGCAGAGUGCCCAAGAAGGCUGAGUGAGGGGAGUGCAGGCUCUGGGGCAUACUCCCACCCCCAAACACACCUGUGGCCUUUUCCCUGUACACAGUGGGGGUGCAGAGGAAGGGGGCUGCCCUGGCUGGAACUGAACCUUUGACCAGGUCUGGCCUUCUCCCUGGCCCAGGUGGCGCUGGAAGCUCUCAGUGGCUAAUGAGGUACCAGCUCCCCCCUCCUAUGCUCUAUUUAAGUAACUUUUGUCUUUGGACCCCAUUAGCUCCUAUUUCCUGCCUUCAAACAAAACCCCUGCAGCCAAGGGAGUCUCCUGUGGCUGCCCUCCUCUGCUGGGCCCUGUCUCAUCCCAUUUUACCAGACCCACCUGAGUGGGGCUGUCCCUGCAGCCACAGGGCACACUCAUGGCCAGUGACUUCUGCUCUGCCCUAGGGGGCAGUGGGCAGCCGCUCUUGCCAAUACCUCAGCCUCCAGGGGAAGACAGGAGGCCAGUACCCCUGCAUCCAGCAGGGGUACGGGUGGGGAGUAAGAGGGCUUAUUAUAGAAGAUUAAAACUAGAUUUGAUACUAAA